AUGUCUCCCGCCGUAAAGAACACCACUGCCGAGCCUAACUUGGAUAUCAGCUUCCAAGACUAUCUCAUUCUCUCGAAGCUCGUCUUUGACUGGGCCGAUAGCUAUGAUGCCAAGGACUGGGAUCGCCUCCGCAGCAUCAUCGCUCCAACCCUGACGGUCGACUACACAAAGAUUGGCCUGAAAAGAUGGGAUAACAUGGCCGCAGACGAUUAUAUGUCCAUGGUCACGCACCCGGGAUUCCUGGGCGACAAGACCAUCAAGACCCAGCAUCUGCUCGGCCAAACCUGGUGGGAGAAGAUCUCCGAUACGGAGGUCAUCGGUCACCACCAGCUUCGCGCAGCUCACCAGGUCUAUGAGACUGUUGAUUUGGAGACCGUGAAGCUGCGUGGCCACUCACAUGCCACGAAUGAGCACUACUACCGCAAGGUGGAUGGUAUUUGGAAGUUUGCUGGGCUGAAGCCGAAUGUGCGCUGGAAUGAGCUGCGGUUCGAGGAGGUGUUCAAGGGACUUGACUAG